UGACCGGGCUCCGCGCCCCUGACCCGGCUCCGCGCCCCUGACCGGCACCGGGCAGCCGGGAGAGCGCUCCGGAUCGGCGUGGCCGCCAUCGUGCUGCGGGCUGGCCCUGGACUAUGCCCUCCAAGGCGGCCUGCCUGGGGCGCUCAGAGGCGGGCCCCCCACAGCCGGACGGCGGGAUGCUCAAGGGGCACCUUGUGGACUCGGAGGGGGGCCUGGCCCCCCUCCCCGGCUCCCCGGCCGCUGACCGCGCUGGCGCCGAGAAGAGCCCGGCGGGCCCUCUGGACGUGCCAGCCAAAGGCGGCCCCGAGGACCCCCAGGCCAAGGCCAAGGCCUUCACCCCGAGGCCGCCUCUGAGGCCGCGGCUGGAGCGCGCCCUGUCCCUGGACGAGAAGGGCUGGCGGCGGCGGCGGCGGCUCCCGAGCAGCCAGGAGGACCUGGCCUCCGGCAACGGGGCCGGCCCCCCCGGGGGCUCCUCGCAGGACCCCGUCCCCCCCGGCCUGAGCACCUCCCUGCAGGACAUCCCCCAGGGCCCCUGGACUCCGGGCAGUGGCGGCGGGAGCCCCUCCUCCUGGGGCGCCUCCCGGGACCUCCUGCCCCGGCUGGCCGGCGGGCUCCCCUCGCGCCCGCUGCCCGCCAUGGAGGGGAGCGUGGCCUCGGACGCCCUGCGGACGGCCCACAAGGUGGACACGGACCACGCCGAGUACAAGCUCCGUGCGCAGAGCCGGCUGCUCCGGGCCCACAGCAGCCUGGGCCCCGGCCGGCCGCCCAGCCCCCUGGCCUCCGAGGACGGCUCCCUGCGCUCCGCCAGGUCCACCUUCAGCCUCCUGGCGCCCCUCCGGGCCAAGGACGUGCGCAGCAGGAGCUACCUGGCGGGGAGCCUGCUGGGGAGCGGGGCCCUGAUGGGGGCGGAGGAGCUGGCCCGGUACUUCCCCGACCGCACGGUUGCCCUCUUCGUGGCCACGUGGAACAUGCAGGGCCAGAAGGAGCUGCCUGUGAACCUGGAUGAGCUUCUGCUGCCCCCCGAGGCCGACUACGCCCAGGACCUGUACGUGGUCGGGGUGCAGGAGGGCUGCUCCGACAGGCGGGAGUGGGAGACGCGGCUGCAGGAGACGCUGGGCCCGCACUACGUGAUGCUGCACUCGGCGGCCCAUGGGGCGCUGCACCUGUCCCUGCUCAUCCGCCGUGACCUAAUCUGGUUCUGCUCAGAGGUGGAGAGCUCCACGGUGACCACCCGCAUCGUGUCCCAGAUCAAGACCAAGGGGGCGCUGGGCGUUGGCUUCACCUUCUUCGGCACCUCCCUCCUCUUCAUCACGUCCCAUUUCACCUCCGGGGACGGGAAGGUGGGCGAGAGGCUGCUGGACUACAGCAAGACCAUCCAGGGCCUGGCGCUGCCCAAGAACGUGCCGGACACCUGCCCCUACCGCUCGGACGCAGCGGACGUCACCACCCGCUUUGACGGCGUCUUCUGGUUCGGCGACUUCAACUUCCGCCUGAGUGGCGGCCGCAUGCCCGUGGAGGCCAUCCUGAGGCAGGACCCGGGCGCCCGCGUGCCCGCCCUGCUGCAGCUGGACCAGCUCGCCCGGGAGAGGCAGAGGGGGUCCAUCUUCAAGGGCUUCCAGGAGCCAGACAUCCACUUCCUGCCGUCGUACAAGUUCGACAUCGGGAAGGACUCUUACGACACCUCGUCCAAGCAGAGGACCCCGUCCUACACGGACCGGGUCAUGUUCCGGAGCCGCCACCGGGACAACAUCUGCCCGCUCGCGUACUCCUCCUGCCCCGGGAUCAGGACCUCCGACCACCGCCCUGUGUACGGCCUCUUCCGGGUCAAAGUGAGGCCGGGCAGAGACAACAUCCCGCUAGCGGCCGGCAAGUUUGACCGCGAGCUGUACCUGAUCGGGAUCAAACGGCGGAUUUCCAAAGAGAUGCAGAGGCAGCAGGCCCUGAAGACGCAGCACGCCAGCACCAUCUGCACCGUGUCCUGAGCGUCUGCCCACGAGGGCUGGCACCGCCACCGGGCCCCUGGCCAGGAGGAGGAGACACUGCGGGCACUGCGCAGCCUCGGGGGCGCUGAGCUCUGUCUGCGGCCGGGCCGGCGCCUUCCCAGAGGAACCCAGGGAACCGGUGCCACGGCGCCUGGACCGGACCGCUGCUCGCUCACACGUCUGACUCCCCGCGGACACCCAGUGUCCUCGGCAGCCGGGGCUCAGGCCCGGGGGCACCCGCCUCCCGCCACCGUCUCCCCGACGCCGAGCCGCACUCGGCAGCGUCCGCCUCUCCAUCCUCCGGCCCCUCUGCACGCCUGGCCUGGCUCCAUGGAGCUGCUUGGUGGGGUGACUGGGUCCCCAGUCCCACGGCCUGUGCUGGGACCAGGCUGAAGCCAGACGUCCAGGGAGCGAGCGGGUCCCCAUUGCUGGGCGGGAUGAGGUUGUGGCCGGGACGGGGGUAUGGCCAAAGUUUCAGGGCUGGCCCUGCCCUCCAGCCACAUCCUGCGGCCGAGUCUCCGGUGGUGGUGGUGGUGCUGGUGGUUGUGGUGGCGGCAGUGCAUUUGCCAGCCAGAGAGGCUGCUGGAAGCUCAGGCUGGCACCACGACUGGGUUUCACGGUGUGUGGGUCCAUCUCUUGAAAGGCGUUAAGCUUGGGAUGUGGGGAAACCCAGAGCAUCACGUCUAGUCUUCUCAAUUAUUUAUUUUCCAUAUUUAUAUUUUAAAUAAAUGCACAUAUCGAGUCUUU